CUAAUUAGAAAUACUCCGGAAGAUGCUAAACUAUGAUAACAGCAUCACUUGAUGAAUGUGUUGCGAUCAUUUUGGUCCUCUUUUUAAUUUGACAUUUUGCUUUUACUUGUACAAGGCAUAAAACUCUGUCCGUGGUUCUGAAAUCUAUCAGGAUUGUUUUAAAGCAAAUUAAGAUGUAACCCAAAAUGUCAGACACCGUUUUUUUCUUUUGACUGUUUGUCACGCCUUUAAACAUGUUCGUACUUUAAAUCUUUUAUUUAUGCACAGAAAUGCACACUUACUCAGAACUAGUCAAUAGGUGAGGAAAUUGGAACAAACACAGUUUAUAAAAGGGGAAAACAUGCAUUUCCUUUUUUAUUUUAUUUUACAUCAGUUAUUUUUUUGUUUAUUUAAUAUGCGUGAUGUGUUUAUCAAACAUGUUAAUUGCUUGAGGUGAGUCUCGAUAUUUUGCGUACAGUUUUCUGGAGUUCUAACUGAACGGUUCCGGUGAAAUAUUGUUAAAUUCUGGGUGUGAGCAGUCACCACUAAUGACAGCUGUCCAUCUAAUCAAUUAACAGGAACAACGAGCUUGUACAUUUACAGUGAUCCUCUAUUCAGUAAUUCUGUUUCUGUCGCUGACCAAAGCCAAAUGCUAAAAGACUUAUAGAGGAUGGACUGAUUUAUGUUCAUAUAGAAGUGUACUUAAGUUUAAACUUGUUUAGAAAUAUUACAAUGAUUCGUUUUGUUCCUAUAUCACAGAAACUCCGCUUCUGCUUUACCCACACAUAAUUUUUCACUGUUAAUAUGGUGCAGUUACUAUAAGUGUCCAUUAGGAGACAGUCUAGACCGUGACACCAACCAUAGGUCCUCAGUGUGUGGAGACCCCUCCUACGCUGAAAACGUCACAAUUUUUCUUCGGGCUUUGUUAGACGGAGACGCAGCGCGAGGUGGAAUGGAUAAUCACCGAUCCUGAAGUAUUCGGUUUAGAUGUAUUUGUUCAUGUUAUUCUAAAUUGUUCGUCUUGAAUUCACGGAUCUAUGAUUGAUCUUUGUUAAACGGAACUAUGUUUUUUCUUGGAAGAACGACUUCUUUGAGGAUUUAUCUGCUGCUUUUUGCGUUGGAGUAUAAUUGUGGUGCCGUUUCCGGGCAGCUCUCUUAUUCUGUGCAAGAGGAGGUAAACCUGGGGACUUCGGUUGGCAACCUGGCCAAAGAUCUGAACCUGAGUUUGCAGGACUUGGAGUCACGCAUGUUUCAGAUAGUAGCUGGAGCAAAGAAAAAGUAUUUUGAUGUUAAUUUGAAGUCGGGAUUUCUCUUGGUGGUUGAGAAAAUAGACAGAGAAGAGCUGUGUGCCAAAGCUACAAAAUGCACAAUGAACGUCGAGGCUGUAAUUAACAAACCACUUAAACUUUAUCGGAUUGAGAUUAAUAUUCUGGACGUUAAUGAUAACCCGCCGGCUUUUAAGACAAAAUCACAAACCAUAAACAUGGCAGAGAGCAUUUUACCAGGGGUUACAUUCCCCGUGCUUUCUGCGUACGAUAGUGAUGUGGGGAAAAAUGACAUUAGCACAUAUAAACUCAAGCCUAACGAGUACUUUACACUGACGGUACAUAAAGGUGAGAGUGUGUCGGCUGAGUUAAUUCUGCAAAAAUCAUUAGACCGUGAAAAGCAAGCUUUGAUUAAACUCACCCUUACUGCUUUAGAUGGAGGAACACCGGCUAAAUCUGGCACGUCAGAGAUCAUAAUUCACGUCUUAGAUAUCAAUGAUAACAUCCCAGCUUUCACAAAGACGUUGUACAAAGCAAGCAUCACAGAAAGUGCAGCACUUGGAACAACGCUACUGACGGUGUCUGCAGCUGACGCGGAUGAUGGAUUAAACAAAGAAAUUGUGUAUUCAUUAAAUUCAAAGGAUCAGGAUCACGUACUGCAAAUGUUCGAAAUUGAUUCUGAAACAGGAACAAUUAGAGUUAAAGGAAACAUUGACUUUGAACUUAACCCAGCUUUUGAAAUUCGUGUACAGGCCACGGACAGAGGCCAGCCUCCCUUGACAGCACAGUGCAAGGUGCUGGUGGAGGUGGUGGAUGUUAAUGAUAACGCGCCUGACAUCACUGUGACGUCACUGUUCAGCAGUGUAAGAGAGGACGCGGAAAUUGGGACAGCAGUUGCACUUGUUUCAGUUCUGGACCGGGACGGGGGUAAAAAUGGAGAAGUUAAAUGUGACAUUUCGAGUCUACUUCCUUUUAAAUUGGAAACAAAUUACAAAAAUUAUUAUUCUUUGGUAAUUAGUGAUGGGCUGGAUAGAGAGCUGAUUCAACAGUACAACAUUACUGUCAUAGCAACAGAUGCAGGCAGCCCUCCUCUCUCUAACACAAGUGUAAUCACAGUUCAGGUUUCUGAUGUGAAUGAUAAUGCGCCCAUGUUUUCUGAGACGGAAAUUAAUGUGUAUGUGAAAGAAAACAGUCCAGUUGGGACACUUUUGAAAACAAUACAUUCAACUGAUGCUGACGCUGAUGGUAAUGGUCGAGUGGUUUAUUCAAUAUUCAGUAAUAAUAAUUUAGUCCCAAUCUCGUCAGUAAUAAACAUCAACUCAGAGACUGGAGACAUCAUCAGCCUGCAGUCUUUUAACUACGAGGAGCUAAAAACAUUUCAGUUUAAAGUUCAGGCCACAGACUCUGGUGUUCCUCCACUCAGCAGCAACGUGACUGUUAACGUUUUAAUCCUGGAUGAAAAUGACAACAAUCCAACAAUUCUGGCUCCUUAUUCUGAGCUGGGUUCUGUUAACAGUGAGACCAUCCCCUAUUCUGCUGAAGCAGGAUACUUUGUAGCAAAGAUCAGGGCUGUGGACGCAGAUUCUGGAUACAAUGCGCUGCUUUCUUAUCACCUGACGGAGCCCAAAGGAAACAACCUGUUCAGGAUCGGAACCAGCACCGGGGAGAUCAGGACUAAGAGGAGGAUGAGCGACAACGACCUGAAGAGUCACCCCUUGGUGGUGCUGGUUUCUGAUAACGGAGAGCCUUCUCUGUCAGCUACUGUGUCUAUUGAUGUGGUGGUGGUUGAAAGCACAGCUGACAUCCAGACUCAGUUCAGAAACGUGCCUCUAAAGGAGGACAGCUUCUCGGAUCUGAACCUGUAUCUGCUGAUCGCCAUCGUGUCGGUGUCGGUCGUCUUUCUGCUGAGUCUGAUCAGUCUAAUAGCUGUCAGAUGCCACAGGACAGACGGUGGUUUCAGCAGGUACAGCGCCCCGAUGAUCACCACCCACCCUGACGGGAGCUGGUCUUACUCUAAAGCUACUCAGCAGUAUGACGUGUGUUUCAGCUCAGACACACUGAAGAGUGACGUAGUGGUUUUCCCCGCCCCGUUCCCGCCUGUAGAUGCUGAACUGAUCAGUAUUAAUGGAGGAGACACUUUUACCAGAACUCAGACCUUACCUAACAAAGACAAGGUAAGCUGUCUGAGAUUUACUAUUUGAAUUUUUGUAAUUUUCACAAUUAUUUUGAAAUAUAGUCCUGUCCUUGUGGAUGUUUAGUCCUCCCUAGAGUGAAUUUAAUAUCUAGCCGAUUGUAUUAAAUGUUUACCUUAAUAUGAGAACAGAAAUGUGUUAAGUGUUUCUCAAUCUAAGUGGCAGUUAGUGUUUGUCUUCAACCUAAGUCCAAAUAAAACCUAUUUGAUUGAAGCUGUUUAGACUAUGAACAUUGAGCUUUCCAGUUUCGGUCAUCUAAACCGUUUUGAAGUAUUUUCACAAACCGUCUUCUUUCAUCCAGUCUCUAAAACACGACGGCAAUUUCCGGUUUUACAAUACGAAAAACAAACAAAUCAAUUGUUUACACAUAAUGCUGUGACAUGUAUGUUUUGUCUGUAAUUAACAUGAAGGACCAACAUUUGUUCAUUUACUUUAAGAUAACCGUGCAUUUAAGUUUUUGUCAAAUCAAAGUCAUGUUAUGCAAGUCUUCUCAAGUUUCUUUUAUAUGCACACAAGCAUGAUGCCAUUUUUUGAAUAAGUUAAGAUCCUGUGAGAUAGCAAACAAAAGAUCUGUGAGUUUAAGCAUGUUUUAAGAAAAAAGUAGGCAGCAACAUAAAUGUUUCUCAAAUGUUAGUGGCGCUGUCCGAGGUACUGAAGUAAAACAGGGCCACAUAACGUAGUUUUCCCCCCUCUCUUAAUCAAUUGUCCGUAUUCCUCUAAGACUGAAAAAAAUUGUAGCCAUUUUAAACACUCCUGGUUAUUCAGAAAUAGUUGGUUUUAAAAAGUAAAUCUAAAUCAACAUAUUAUUGGACAAAUAAUAUUAAUUUGAAAAGUAUUUACAAAUAAUUCAAUAAAAAUGUGGAUUUUUGUUUAAAAUUAUAUGGUAACUGAAUGACUAAUAAUAUUAGCUCCAGGUUAACAGAAAUAAAAUGAUAAAACGUGAUAGUCAACAUUCUCAAGUGUGACACUAAAU